AUGGCCUCCCUGUCCUCUCCGAACGCUUUGGAGAAGACCAUGCAAGAAUUGUUCGACGAUGCUGAGAUUGUAUUGCCGGUGGGCUCUCCAAGGGCUUUCGGCGCUCGGCGCUUUGCACUCCAAGGAAUCUAUCUCAGAACCUUUUCUUCUCAGAUGAUGUUGCUGCGCCCGGACUAUUCUCUUGCGCUGACCGGAUUUGUUGGCGCCGAAAUCGGUGACGAUCACACCGGCUUUGGAGACGGUGGCCGUGUGCGCGAAGAAUUCAUGAAAUUCGAUGAAGAAGCAAUGCAAGGCUGCGUCGAGGAAGAUACCUAUUACCGGGCGACAUUUGUGUGGAGACUCAGAAAGAAUGAUUAUGUAGAUGAUCCAUCUUCGGCGGGAACAGUCUGCUCGGAGCCGUGUUUUCCAGUCAAGGGUGGGUGCAAACCGUAUGAUGACAACAGGAAAAUCUUCGAUAAAAGAUUCUUGAACAAUAUGUGGCAAGAGCUAGAAGAGGCGAGGCUGGGUAUGGUGUUGGUGAAAGCAUAGACAACCGUCGGCGAGGUAGCCGAGGACAUUGUGUCCCUUGCAUUGAAGGUAAACAUCGCAGUCACAGACGAUGAGGUGGAAAUAGAUGGGAAGUGGGAGGACGUGUUUGAAGUCGUUGAAACGGGACCAAGGCCGCACACUCGGGUUCUCAGAUUCAACAACACGUACGAGUCCCAACCAGGCAGUAUUCACCCAGUUCAUGUGGCGCACAAGCAGGUACAUACACAAGAAGCUUCCUCAUUAGGGUAGUUGCUGUAAAAUAGAGGUACUCAGUCGUAAUCUAGG